AUGUACAUCGCCCUCUACUACAUAGUCACCCGGCUCCCUGACUCUCUCCGCGUAGUCAAGGACCACUUCCUCUCAGUUUGCCCCACCACUCUCACCGUUGAUCUCCUCGAGAAGGCCCUCCUAGCAGCAGAGAAGAGUAUAUUCGCUGUAGGAGCCUCUCGUGGUGACCCUCGCACCCCCGUCUUUGAGGGGUGUUCUCCCUCUCCCCUCUUGCCCUCUGUUGCCUCUGCUGCUGCGGCCAACCUCGUUGGUUUCGACUCGGUCGGCGCUGCGUCUGCCCCGAGCGGGAGACGCCGCACCGGCAAGGGCAAGGGGGGCAAGGGCGCUGGAGGGGCUGGCAGGGGCGGUGGAGAUGGUGGUGGAGGCAGUGGAGGGAGUGGGGGUGGUGGUGGGAGAGGUGUCGGGGGUGGCGGCGGCGGCAUCAGUGGAGGCGGCGGAGGCGGCGGUGGUGGCGGAGGGAGCGGAGGCGGCGGAGGUGGCGGAGGAGGCGGAGGUGGAGGAGGCGGCGGAGGCGGCGGCGGCGGAGGUGGCGGUGGUGGAGCGGGUCGCGACUCUGCGCAGAGGAGUGGCUCAGGUGGUGGUCCGCGCCAGCAGCAGCGGAGUGGUGUGACCCUAUCCCCUCAGCAGCUUCGUGAGUGUGCGGGGGCCCGCACUCCACCCAGCGCUGCUUCUGUCGCUGACGGACGCGUGGCGUCGCCAGUUCCCUGA